CGCUCAUGACGUACUAAAUUAUAUUGAUAAACAACGUGUGGCAAUGUAUGAAUUCCAAGGAACUGACGAAAUGACCCUUUAACCUUUCUUUCUGUGCACUUCCAAGUCUUCAAAUAACGUCAAACUCAUAAACGCUAGCUCCAAAGCUGACACCAAAAGGCAGUCAAAAUUCUCAUCCCUUAUGGCUGAUCCAAUUGCAGCAAUUUCAUUCGCUGAUCCUCAUGUUGAUCCCUAUGGUCAUCUGGGCUUAGUCCGGAACCCCGACGGCUCAGUCACGCGUCAAUUUGAACAUCCAAAAACACCCGUCUCCUCCUAUGAUGGCAGCCCUAUCCUUCUUGUCAAAGAUGUCCCCAUUAACCAAUCCAAGAACACUGGUGCCCGUAUAUUCCUACCGAAAGAAGCACUUGAAUCCUUCCCGGGCAGGAAACUUCCGCUCCUGAUUUACUUUCAUAGUGGAGGAUUCGUGAUUGGCAGCGUGGCCACGACCGGUUUUGAUGAUUUUCAUAGAGCUUUAGCUACUGAGGUCCCGUUUGUAAUCGUAUCAAUCGAGCAUCGUCUUGCCCCCGAGCACAGGCUGCCGGCAGCCUACGAAGAUUGCUUGGAAGCUUUGCACUGGAUCAAGAAUUCACAAGACGAAUGGUUGGAAAAGUAUGCAGAUUUAUCAAACAGUUUCCUCAUGGGCAGCAGUUCAGGGGGAAACAUUGCCUAUCAUGUUGGCUUGAGUGCAUCGUCAUGUGUUGAUGAUCUUAAACCUUUGACUAUUAAAGGGUUGAUUUUGCACCAAGCAUUUUUUGGUGGCAACGAGAGGACAGAAUCGGAGUUGAGGGCUCUGAAUGACACGUUUAUACCGCCCUGUUGUACUGAUGUCUUGUGGGAACUUUCAUUGCCCGUAGGUGCUGACCGAGAUCAUGAAUUUUCUAAUCCAGUCUUGAGCAUCAAACCUGGACAAUUCGAUCAGAUUAAAGCUUUAGGAUGGAAGAUUUUAAUGGCAGGAUAUGAAAAUGAUGCAUUGUUUGAUCGCCAAUUUGAGAUUGCCAAAAUGUUAGAAGGCGAGGGUGUUCCCGUGGUGACUAAUUUUGUUGAAGGAGGUUAUCAUGGAAUUGACAUGUUUGAGUCUCCCAAAACUAAAGUCCUUUGUGAGGUUGUGAAGGAGUUUAUAAUCUCCUUUGUGACAACAGCUUAGACAACUAUGUCAGAGGUUUUUACCAGGAUGAGUAUUUAUCCAAAUGAACAAUGAUGUUAAAUCUUUGUACUUCUCAA